AUGUCUUACGGCAACAACGACUCCUACGGCGACCAGCAAUACCGCGGCAACUAUGGCGCCAGCGGCCCUGACUUUUCAGACCUGGCCGGCCACGCUGAGAGCCACCAUGGCAGCUCCUCGUCCUACUUCAACGAAGCCGCCAACCACCUGCAGCAGAACCACGGCGACUACGCGAACCAGGACAUCGACGAGGACCACGCCGUGCAGUCGCACAGGAAGCUGUACGGUGAAGGCAAUGCCCCCGCCAACUCCAACGAGCUCGGCGCUGGUGCCGCCCUGGAGGCAUUGAAGAAGUUCACUGGAGGCUCUGGCGGCUCUGGUGACUCUAGCAGCGGUGGCGGCCAGAACAAGUUGAUUGGGCUGGCCAUGUCUGAGGCCGAGAAGCUGUUUGACCAGCACGGCGGCUCGUCCGGCGACAAGCAGUCUGCCAUCAACUCGGCCGCCGCAAUGGCGUUCAAGAUGUACUCCAAGGGCCAGGGCAGUGGUCUGGGAGGGACCGGUGGCCCAUCUGGGCUUUUGGGUCUGGCUAGCAAGUUCCUGUAA